AUGACAACUGAAAAGCGUCAUCCAAAUACAUGGGCACGCAUUGCCACCUGGUUUUCAGCCAUCGUGCUGGGUCACUGCCAUGGCAGCUUCUGGCAGUUUCAGCGGAUGGUCAAACAGGUGACGGGGCGCAGCGCCUUCUUCUCCUAUUAUGGAUACGGCUGCUACUGUGGACUUGGGGGCAGAGGGACCCCAGUGGAUAACACUGACAACCAGUCUCCUGCAUCCCCAAGCCAAUAUGAGAAGCUGAAGCAGGGAGGCUGCCAACCUAUGCUAAACAGCUACCAUUUCUACGUGACCAAUGGCUCUGUGCUCUGUAAAUGUGCCUUCAGCUCCAACACCGGCUGCCUUUGUGGGCUGAGGGCCUGCGAGUGUGAUAAGCAGUCCGUGUAUUGCUUCAGAGAGAACUUGCUCACCUACAAGAGAAGCUUCACCCAGUUCUCCCGCCGUCCCUAUUGUGGUUCCAAGCGGUUCCAGUGCUAG